UCCUCAGUAAACAGCUGGGCGUCUCUGGACACAUCCACAGGCCCGUGGUCGGUGCUAUGGUAGGGAUGACAGCAGUGAUAUGUACGUACCCUCUUGACGUGAUCAGAGCCUGUCUGGCUUACCAGAUGAAAGGACACCAUCGCUACACGGGCAUCAGAAAUGCCUUCCAGACCAUGUACCUAAAGGAAGGAGGCAUCCCUGGCUUCUACAAGGGAUUGAUCCCAACCCUUAUAGGCAUGACUCCAUAUGCAGGGUUCUUGUUCAUUACCAGAGAUACUGGGACGACCGUCCUCAGACAACCCAGAGGUGCUGGUGCUGUAGACCCACGUCAACCUGCUCUGUGGAAGGGGUGGCCGGAGCUGUCCACAGACCAUAUAAGUACUCCUCUUCUCCAUCUCCUCUCCCAGCUAUCCUCUAGAUGUUGCCUGGAGAAGGAUGCGGUUAGGAGUGGUGCUUCCUGAAUCUGACAAAUGUCGUACCCUGACCAAGACUCUUGUAUACAGUCAGUAUGGGGUGAAGAAGGGUCUGUACAGAGGCCUGUCUCUCAACUACAUCUGCUGUGUGUCCUCACAGGCUGUGGCCUUUAUCACCUAUGGGGUGAAGAAGCAAACCAUCCACCUCAACUAGCUGCUCCCUCACCAUCCAUCUCUACCCUUCAUCGUUGCAUAGCGGGACCGAGGCACGUUCUCUGGGGCUAUAUGUUCUGAAAGGUUUAGAAAGAUCCCUAGCAGCUGUCUAUUUCAAAACAGCCCAGACAAGAGCGUUCUCUGGGGCUAUAUGUUCUGAAAUGUUAAGGGAAUAUUGCCUAUUAGAUAUGUUUAUUUGCCCUAGUAAACGUUUUCAGUUUUAAGGAAGUCGGCUUCCAUUCGGAGGUGUUGACCCCUGCUACCAGAGGCGGCCAUUGUGGCUCAGCCACUGGAGCCCAGCCUAGUAGCUGCUUACCCCAGUCGGAAAGCAGAGGAAUGCUAGGCGCUGGGCCCCAUGGCAGUGCUAAUCCAGUGCCCAUGUCUGUGUCUGCGCCUAUAAUGUUGUGCUGAAACCAUCCGCCAAACCUGUGGCUUGGCUUUGGACAACACCCCGGCAACUAUUGCCAUGGCUACCUAUAGACAAUGGCUUCCUCUGCUUCGACGGGCAGCUAUGGGCAAUGAACCCCUAACAACACUCGUUGGUAAUGCCAUGGAAACCCAAUUAUGUACACUGCUCCCCCAUCCUACCCCACCACCCGCCCCUAAGAAGUCACCCAGCCAAUGACGGAGGGGAAAGUCACACCGGACAAUCUGGCUUAUCCAAUCGGAGGCCUUCUUUUCCUCAUGUACCUACUGUUGUGAGUACAAAUCUAGACACAUAAUCAAUGAGACAAGGAUUUAAAUGUGUAGUAUGUCAGUUAUAAGAGUCCAGAUUCAACUACCAAACAUUUUAUGAGAAUAAAGAAACACUCCCCAAGCUUGUGUUGAACACAGAACUGUACUUUUUGAGCAGCCUAAGUCUAAUAGAAUCCUAAUGAUAAAAUCCCACAUCAGUUUGUUCAAAACGGAACAUAAUUUAUUUUUUAUUUUGAUACUCCCCAAAAAGUCUUAUUGUCUGUCUGACAUCGAAACAGGUUUGCUUUCUAAUUUGUUCACCCCAUGCAGUUUAACAGAUGUGUCUCUGUAGGAGUGUUGUGUGUGUGUGGUGUGUGUGUGUGUGUUAAAGCAUCCGUUCAGCUUUCAGUGUGUAGUGUGUCUCUUGUUUAUGGUGCAUGUUAGAUUCAGGGAAUGAGGCCGUGAUUUACUAUUGUAGCGUGCAGAAACAGUUAUGUCUCAUUCUAAUGAUGUUGUGUAUCUACCGGGAGGAUUUAGAAUUUAUAGAGAUUUGUGUCUAUGAGAGAGUCCAAGGGACUAGUAUCCAUUAGGGUUACAAAAUUUAACUUUUCCAAAAUGCCCAGGUUUCCCAGACAUCCCAGGUACAGGAUGGAAAUGGAACACGUUGGAAUUUUGGGAAACUUACCUACCAGAAGACUGGUGUUGACAUUGUUCCUAUAAGAGGACCAUGAACUGAUGUAUGGACUGAUGGCGGUGGUUCUAGCAUAUGUUAUAUUUGCUCCCCGUCUACAUUUCCUGUGUUCAGGUGUAUGUAGAAAGAGUUUGUCAGCUACUGAGAUCUAGACACUAGCAUAAAUAAAUACAUAUAUAAUUUGAAGCACCCAAAUGGAAACCUGAGUUAAGCACUUCAGGAAGAAACUUGCACUUGGAAGACGUGGAUGUCUAUUAAGGCUGCCCCCCGCACCUCUCUGAUUCAGAGGGGUUGGGUUGAAUUCGGAAGACACAUAUCAGUUGAAGACAUUCAGUUGUACAACCUGCUAGUUAUCCCCCUUUCCUUUGGCUCUUUUGUGUUUAUUUAUGAUAGUGUAGUAUGACUCUGUCCACAAGGGGUCAGAAAUGAGUCCGUAAUAUGUUUACCCACAACAACAGCCUGCCCUGGAUGUAACUGGACUUUACAUUACCAUGCCGAAUCAAAAUUAAAUAAUGUAUUGAUCACAUGCGCCGAAUAAAACAGGUGUAGGCCGUACCGUUAAAUGCUUACUUACAAGCCCUUAACCAAUAAUGCAGGGUUUUAACAAAGUAAGAGAAAAUGUGCUAAAUAAACUAAAGGAACGAUAGCCUCA